UUCAUAGAUUGUUCCAUAUCUGACAUGUUGUGCAACAGACCUUAUUAAAACGGAUUUCGAAAUCCGGCAACUCAUAAGAAUUAUUUCAGGUGUAGUAUGACAUUUUCCUUGCAUAUUUUGGAAAAUUUUACGAGGUUGUAGACGAGCAAAAAUUUGCCAACAAUGUUUAAAUAAAUAGUGACAAAAGCCUUUUAAGCUUUUAUUUGCAUACAAAAAGGUGUAUUAUAGUUGUAUACAAAAAUUUUAUCAGCUGCUGCAUGCAUGCAGGACUUGGCUUAUCAAGAGGUGCGACGAUUUCCUCUAGUAUUGCAUGAUAGGUACACAAAAAAACUUUCCAGCUGGUGUCAUUCGAGAAAAUUAAAAUAAAAUAUCUAUUUGUAUGGUAUCGAAAAAUAAACAAGUGUAAUUCGAUACAAUUUGUACUGUCGCAUAAAUCGUAAUUAUGUUAUACUAAUGAAAAAUGAAGCAAGUUUAAUUUUCUGAAGUUGCUGUUCGCUAAACCUAUUUCGUGCUGUAUAGGAUUAACAAAAUGCCAAAAUAAUAAUAUUUCUGAAUUACGUAUAUAGCAUCUUUGCACUCUUUAAUGGAACCACUGUAAAAUUAAGUAAAUAUACUUAGGGUGAUACUACAUCGAGCUUACGUGCGGGUAAAAGCACAGCCUGGCUGAGCUGAUUGCACUGUAACUAAUCAUCUGCACCCCUUCCCUUACGUGGCCAAAACUCGAUAAGAUAAAAAUAUAUAUAUAUAAAAACCAAAGAAAGCACUUGAAAUGGCAGGCGUGCCUCCUAUAGCACCGCUUCUGUGCAGCACUCCGCCACCAAUUGAUUUUGGUGAAGAGGACGACGAUUCCGGUUUGCCGCCCACUUUAACACUUGAAGACGAAGAUGAAUACGGUGAUUUCGCGUUCGCCGCAGACAUAAAUGAGAAUGCAACAAAUACUGAUAUCCCCUCAUUGCCACGCACGCCGCUGCAGUUCGAACUAAGCUCAUCCACGACGAGUGGCUUUACCGAUGUACCACCAAGUUUAGAAGAGUGUGUUAAUGCACCGAUAACUCCACCUCCGCUACAAACUGAACAUGACGUUUGUUCAGCCCGCGAGGAAGUUAAGCUAGAACUAAUCGAGGCAAUUAACUACAAUAUUGUAAGCAGAGAAACCAAUCAAGAGCGUAUUAGUGACGGUAUAACUAAUGUGGAUGAGACUAGCAAUACAAAUGAUUCAGUAACAAGCCACCCGCAACCAGAGAAAGACAAUAAUUGGGUUAUUCACAACUUGAGUGACACCAAAAUCACAAAUGAAACUUGCGCGGAAUCGGAAAGUCUACCCAAGUUUGCACACACUACAGAUGCUAUUACAACUAAAGAAAAAAGUGGAACUAAAAAUGAAUCGAUAUUGUCUAAUGAGCAGGACAUUAAAGCACAACCAAAUGCUAUAACGAUAUUUUCUGAAAUUCCUCCUCCUUUGACUCAACUUGUGCUGUUAGAAGAUAUAGCAGACGACAGUAGCGAUGAGGAGUGCCAUCGAUCUCCAAAAAAGUCCACCAUAUCAACAACGUCGCCCUUUACAAGCAGUGCUGACAUAAAUUCGGCGGAUUUCUUUGCGAUCCAUGUCGUUGGCGCGCCGUCGUCACCAAAAGAAGACAAACCACUGACAAAAGUGGAGGAUAUAAAUAGAAAUAGCUUGUCAAACCACGAUAAUAACAUCACCCAUGAAUUUGAAAAUAUUACUAAGACUACGCCCUAUGGCAGCGAGCAACUUAAUGACGAUUUCGGUGAUUUCGCAGAUUUCGAAUCGGCAACUGAGAUUACAAACCCAACAACCUGCCCAAUGAAGGCAGCCGAUUCGAAUGUGAUAACCAAGAGUGACUGCAAUGAUGUCAAACCCGUAGGCGAGCUCCCUGUAGAAAGUACUACCCAAAAUAAUGAUGAUGAGAAUGAUUUUGAUGAUUUCCAAGACUUUUGUUCGGCACCAACAUCAGUUUCCGAUACUAAACCAAUUAUAUCAUCGCAAAAUUCAGAAGGUGUAGCAGCAACAUGUAAUGACGGGACUAAAAAGGGUAUAGCACUAAAUGAAAAUAGUCUUGCAACGUUGAAAAUUGAUUCGGAAUCUCAAGCAAAAGAAGUUGAGAAUAGCGACGAUGACGACUUCGGCGAUUUCGAAGAAGCUUCACUUGCCAUACCCACUUCUGAAUUCACUGCAAAUACUGCUAUUAUGAAUACACAUACGCCACCUGCGACCAGUGGAAAUAUAAGUGACCGUAUAGGUUCGGUGUUAAAACUGAUGUUUCCACCUGCAGAUGAAAGUGUUGACAGCGAUAAAGAAAGUACAGCGCCAGACGCUCUUUCCAGUUUGCAAUCACCAAACGCCACACUUCCUUUUGAGUCGAUAGAAGCUGCCAAAGCCUUGGAAUUCCAGUGGCCGCAGUCGGAAAUACGGCAUGCGCUUGUACGCUCAAUAGGCAUUGAUUCGAGAAACAUUCUCUUUGGUGAGAAUUGGAAUCCAUCAAUGCCCCGUUUUGCUGCCAAUCUCAGUUUUAAUCCGCUAAAGCCAUUGAAACCACAAACAGUCAACCCGUCAACAACAACAGCAGGCAUCGACUCGGAACAUUACAGCAAUGGCAGUGACGUUAGCAACUACUCUAUGAAAACGGAUGUACCUGAUGUUGAGUUUGAUUGGCAAAGCGCCGGUCUAGUGAACCCACUUGACGACAAAGUUAUGGUGAUGGCUACUAAGCUUGAUAACUUAACUGUUGAUUCCUCCUUCUCUGCAUGUGCAACAACGUUGGAACAAAUAACGUCGACAACUACUCCAACAACAACCACAACAACAACAAUAACAACCACCGCUAAUUAUAAAUUAACUAACGAAAUGAACCGCUUUCAAUUAAUGCCUUUAAAUACUCAAAUAAUACAAACAACAACAACAACAACAACACCCGCAUUGGUUACAUCUGGUCAAUUAUCAUCAUCAAUAUCAUCAUUACCACCAACAUUAUUAACUUAUAAUAACAAAAAUGUCUUUGCCAAUUCUACGUCCGCUUCCUAUUCCACACCACACAAUACCAACACGUUUCCAAAUCCUUGCACUUAUCAAAAUUGUCAAACCAAUGCACGGGCUAAUUGUAAUACAACACAUGUAAAUCGUGGACUAUGCGCUUCUCACUCUACAAAUACUUAUGCUUCACUUCAUUCGCUUGUCGCUCAACGUACUGUUGGAAAUGUCGUCACUAUUGAACCAUUAAUGUACUUCAAAAAUUUUACUAAUCACAUUUCGGCAACCCUCCAUCAAAAUCCAACGCUUAACAUGAUCAACAAUAAUACCAUACAUUCAAAUUUAACCACUCACUUUGAAAUGCCAACCUUUAAAACCGAUCAACUAUCAAAUUGCAUUUAUGCACCGACGUUAAAAUGCGACGAUUUUUGCAAUGAUAAUAACUUAACUAAUAAUCCACUGGAAUUUGCCAACUUUCACUUAAAAACAAAUCGAAUGCCGGAUUGUAGUUUGAGGCAGCAGCAUAAGUUUCGUAAAAUGCUGUGCUGUGUACAACAGCGUUUAACGCCAUAA